UUCACCCCCCUUCCAGUCCGGACACUUUCACCCCUCUUCCAGUCCGGACACUUUCACCCCCCCUUCCAGUCCGGACACUUCCCCCCCAUUCCAGUCCGGACACUUUCACCUCCUUCCAGUCCGGACACUUUCACCCCCCUCCAGUCCAGACACUUUCCCCCCCUUCCAGUCCGGACACUUUCCCCCCCCCCCUUCCAGUCCGGACACUUUCACCCCCUUUCAUCCCGGACACUUUACCCCCUUCCAGUCCGGACACUUUCCCCCCCUUCCAGUCCGGACACUUUCAACCCCCUUCCAGUCCGGACACUUUCCCCCCCUUCC